CGCUUGGCUGUGUCGGUGAGGAGCGGGUUACACAGUUCGGGUGUCGAUGGAGCAUGGGGGAGACUAGCGGGACGCUCAAUGAGAGCAUGCCGGAGAGCGGAAGGGCCGUCACCGGGAGGCUGAGACGCUGCAGAGCAGCCAGCAGCAGUAUUACGGAGCCAAAAUCAAGCGAUCUGAUUACUGUGACGUUGUGGCUACAAUCCUCAUCCUCGUGAGACCGUAUAUCAUGGAUUUGAACUCGCUUUGCAGCCGUUGAAACCCACCGCUCCUACAGGACAGUUGCUGGCAAAGGUCAUGGCCUCCUUCACGCCAUGGAAGCUGUCCUCCCAGAAGCUGGGCUUUUUUCUGGUGACUUUCGGCUUCAUCUGGGGCAUGAUGUUGCUUCACUUCACGAUCCAGCAGCGGACUCAGCACGAAAGCAGCACCAUGCUCCGCGAGCAGAUUCUGGAUCUCAGCAAACGCUACAUCAAAGCCCUGGCGGAGGAAAACAGGAACGUCGUGGACGGCCCAUAUGUCGGCACGAUGACAGCAUAUGAUUUAAAGAAGACGCUGGCGGUUCUUCUGGAUAAUAUUUUGCAGAGGAUUGGCAAAUUGGAAUCAAAGGUUGAUACAUUGGUCCUAAAUGGCACGGGAUUGAACUCCACCAAUAGUACGACGACUGCCAUUCCCAGUGUUGGCACUGGGGAUAAAAUAAAUGUCGCAGAUCUCCUUAAUGGGGCCCAGGAAACGUGUGAACUGCCUCCCAUGGAUGGCUAUCCUCACUGCGAGGGUAAAGUAAAGUGGAUGAAGGACAUGUGGCGAUCUGAUGUCUGUUACUCCAAUUACGGGGUCGAUGGCUCCACCUGUUCUUAUUUUAUUUACCUCAGUGAGGUUGAAAACUGGUGUCCUCGGCUACCGUGGAGAUCUGUAAACCGCAAAGAGGAGGAAGCUGAUAAGCGAACUGUGGCUGAAAUCCGAACAGAUUUUGAGCAACUCUACCUCGUCAUGUCUAAACACGAGGAGUUCCGCUGGAUGACGCUGAGGAUAAAGAGGAUGGAUGACACCUGGAUAGAAGCAAUCAAGUCUUUGGCAGAGAAGCAGAAUUUGGAGAAACGUAAAAGGAAAAAGAUCCUCGUUCAUCUGGGCCUCCUGACAAAGGAAUCUGGUUUCAAGAUAGCUGAAAAUGCAUUCAGCGGAGGGCCGCUCGGCGAAUUAGUCCAGUGGAGUGACUUAAUUACAUCUCUUUACUUACUGGGCCAUGAUGUCAGGAUUUCAGCUUCAAUAGCUGAGCUGAAAGAGAUCAUGAAGAAGGUUGUGGGAAACCGAUCAGGCUGCCCUACCCAGGGUGAUAGAGUGGUGGAACUCAUCUAUAUCGAUAUUGUGGGACUGGCUCAGUUCAAGAAGACUCUUGGCCCAUCCUGGGUGCACUAUCAGUGUAUGCUGCGAGUUCUGGAUUCAUUUGGGACAGAACCAGAGUUCAAUCAUGCCCAUUACGCUCAAUCCAAAGGCCACAAAACACCUUGGGGCAAGUGGAACCUAAACCCUCAACAGUUCUAUACGAUGUUCCCUCACACACCAGAUAACAGCUUCCUGGGGUUCGUGGUGGAGCAACAUCUCAAUGCCAGCGACAUCAGACACAUGAGCGACAUCAAACGGCAGAACCAGUCUCUUGUUUAUGGCAAAGUGGAUAAUUUCUGGAAGGACAAGAACACGUAUUUGGACAUCAUCCACACCUACAUGGAGGUACACGGCACUGUCCACGAGAAGGGCAUGGUCCACAUGCCCCAUUAUGUGAAGAAUCAUGGGAUCUUGAGUGGACGGGAUCUGCAGUUUCUGCUCCGGGAAACUAAACUCUUUGUUGGCCUCGGAUUCCCCUAUGAAGGGCCGGCUCCCCUGGAAGCCAUUGCGAACGGCUGCGCUUUCCUGAACCCCAAGUUUGUUCCUCCGAAAAGUAGCAGAAAUACAGAUUUCUUCAAAGGGAAGCCAACUCUACGGGAGCUCACAUCCCAGCACCCGUACGCUGAAGUGUACAUCGGCAAGCCUCAUGUCUGGACGGUGGACAUCAACAAUCCAGAGGAAGUCGAGAAGGCGGUGAAAGCCAUACUGAAUCAAAAGAAUGAACCUUACCUGCCCAUUGAAUUCACAUGCGAGGGCAUGCUGCAGCGGGUGAAUGCCUUCAUUGAGAAACAGGAUUUCUGCCAUGGACAAGUCAUGUGGCCUCCAUUAAAUGCCAUUCAAGUGAUACUUGCAGAACCUGGAAAGUCGUGUAAGCAAGUCUGUCAGGAGAAUCAGCUCAUCUGCGAGCCCUCGUACUUUCAGCAUCUUAACAAAGACAGAGAUCUGGCCAAAUUCAACAUUCAAUGCCAGACCUCCGACGUUGCAAACGAUAUCGUGGUCCCGUCCAUGGAUGAUAACAAGAAGCAUUGCAUCUUUCAAGGCGAUCUCUUAUUAUUCAGCUGCGCGGGGUCCCACCCCAACCACAAGCGGGUCUGUCCAUGCAGGGACUACAUGAAAGGACAAGUUGCACUCUGCGAGAACUGCCUAUAGCAUCUGCUAAGCCUCUCCCGGUCUGAUAGGGGUGUCUUGGUGGCUAGGCGAAGCAACCUAACACUUUCUUGCACUUUUAGCCUAUUGGUAUUCAUGGAAAGUGUAUAAGGGUUUCGCUUUCCAUUGACGGGCGCCAAACACAGUUUUUGAGGAGUCAGUCUCAAGAAGCGCUUCAGAUGCCUUUCUCACAGGAGCAACUUUUUGUGAGCUGAAGCCCUAGAAAGAACCACCUUUGAUCAUAAAGCCUUCCACCUCUGCGCUACUUUAAAAAAAUAAAAAUGUGCAGCUGACAUUGUGUUACAUAAAUAAGAGAUGGUUUACGCAAAGUGGUUUUGGUCAUAGAUGUGGCGGAGCAGUCCUGUCUAGUACGGUGAUUUUAGGAACGCUAGGACGCCAUACUAGUAUGAGUGAAUAAAAGAUGUGAAGACGGUUGAUGAUCCGCUCUGAUUCUGGACGCCAUACUAGUAGAUGUUCACCGCAUGCUGCAAAGGCCCGCAGGCCACUAGCUGUAACAUAGCGCAUGACUACUGUAGACUAUUGAUUUGAUGAUGACGUAGAGCAGUGCCGGGGUCUCCUUACAGAAUCAAUAACAUGGCGUGUGUGUGGAAUUUCGGUUUGGAAAAAAACUAAAUUAAUUCUCAACAUGUUUACAGACAAAGUCACUCUUCGAACACGCAACGGACAUUUCCUGUAACCCUGAAAGCCACACUGCCAAGUAAUAGACCACCGCCAGCUCGGUGUUUCCCAGAACCCUGUGGGGAUAACAUUAUGGGAAAAAUUAUGUGUAAUAGUACUGUCCUAGCUAGCAAAAGAGGUAGUCUAGACAAAGCCAGUGCUCACCCAGGCGGUAGAAAUAGACAGCUGA